AUGGACUUAAAGUCGCCAGUUAUUAGAAGUGAACAUAUCUACCGAGCCUAUUGGCUAUAUUGGCGUCUUUUGGGCUUGGAAAGCCAAUUCAUCCUAAAUCGCUUACUGGAUAUUUUGAUCACAGUUUUCGUCACUUUCUGGUAUCCAAUUCAUUUAAUUCUCGGCAAAGGUCUACCAAUCACAGCUGCCUGCUUCUUCGCAAGCUUUAAGUUUGUUUGCUUCCGCCUGAAGUUGGAAGAGAUUAAAACAAUUGAAGUCUUGUUUAAAGAGCUUGACCAGCGAGCCUUGAGUCCUGAGGAACGCCAGUUUUUUAAUCAAAACACAAAACGUGAGGCGAAUUUGGUUUGGAAAAGUUUCCUCGUGGCCUAUGGAUUGUCGAAUGUUUCGGCUAUAGCAUCGGUUCUUUUCGGCGGUGGACAUAAGUUGUUAUACCCGGCCUGGUUUCCAUACGAUGUGCAGGCCUCAGAGCUACGGUUUUGGCUAAGUGUAUCCUACCAAAUAGCCGGAGUAACUUUGGCAAUUAUUCAGAACCUGGCUAAUGACUCCUAUCCACCGAUGACAUUCUGUGUGGUAGCUGGACAUGUGCGACUAUUGGCAAUGCGUUUAAGUAAAAUAGGACAAGAUCGAAAGGAAACAAAGGCCGUAGUCGGUAAGCAGUUAAUCGAAAGCAUCGAGGACCACAGAAAAAUAAUGAAAAUCGUGGACUUGCUGCGCAGCACCAUGAAUAUAUCGCAACUUGGUCAAUUUAUAUCAAGUGGCGUCAAUAUUUCCAUAACGCUAGUCAACAUUUUGUUUUUUGCGGAAAAUAACUUUGCCGUAACUUACUACGGUGUGUAUUUCCUAUCCAUGGUACUGGAGUUGUUCCCGUGCUGCUAUUACGGUACUCUGAUAUCCGUGGAGAUGAGCAGGUUGACCUACGCGAUAUAUUCGAGCAACUGGAUGGGAAUGGAUCGGGGAUAUUGCCGCACCAUGCUGAUAUUCAUGCAACUAACGCUGACGGAGGUGCAGAUCAAGGCGGGUGGAAUGAUUGGCAUCGGAAUGAAUGCCUUUUUCGCCACCGUACGAUUGGCCUACUCCUUCUUCACACUGGCCAUGUCGCUGCGAUAA